CCAGGCCCAACGCCAAAGACAUGACAUUUAAAACGGUGUCGUGCCAGAGCCCCGGGAACAGAAUGACUUUCCUCAAUUAGAUUGCACUGCUGUGACGAAAGCAGCCAGAUUCAAACUGACCCGAUCAGAGCGUCGGAUUCUGAUUCAAGAGCUUGAGGUGGCGGCGGACUUUCUUCUUAUCUAGAAUGCUUCAUUCAAAUGAGUUCAAUUCAUUGAUUCUUCUCUAUGUUUUAAUCUUCAUUAUCAGCAGCUCAAUUUUCAGUCAUGGAGAAAUGCUUGACGGCAGCGUUUUGAAUGUUGGGGAGGAGCUAAAGAAGGAAACUUUACCUUUACGAAUGGGUUCUCGAGUUUACCAACUACAAGGGCUCAAAUCAUUAACUUGGUACGAAGUGAAGAUAUCGUAUCCAGCUUCUAUCCCUGCGAGUUUUUCCUUGCAACUGAAGAAGGGGAGUUCAGAUUCUGGGUUAAAAGGGAACAGAAUACUGUUGAAUACAGAGAAGUUGAUAUUCAAGACUGAUAGUCUUGACAUGAUUAAUGAUCAGGGUGGGUUGCACGUUUUGGUGACUGUGGAACCUGAAGGUUUUGUUGCAAUACCCAACACAAAGGAGAGAGAGUUCAUCAUCUUUAAUAUUGUUUGCGAUGAACUAUUGUUGGGCAUCCCUUACAAAGCUUGGUGGGUUGUAGUCUUUGCCUUGCUGUGUUUAGGAUUGGCAUUGGUUGUUCCUCGUUAUCUUCCAUCAUAUCUGCUUGUUGGUCAAAAUGUUGCCAAGCAGUCCUGAGACUUGUCUUAGGAUGAGGAGUAAUGGAUUAUCAUUGCCACCAUUUUCGUACUGUGGAGCAUGUUUUAAUUGUUAUGUAAGGAGAGGUGUUUCUGUAACAAAAUUUUCAGAAAUGUAGCUCUAGCAACCUUUGGAAAUGUCGAACAUCUGCCUUACUGAUGCUCAAAUGCAGCAAAUCUUUGUCACCUGUUUAUGUUUG